GCAGCAGGAACAACCCGCACCCCUCACAACCUCACAACUCCGCCCCGUGGUCGACCCCUUGCCAGACCUCCAGUACACCACACUCUCCCAGGCGUCACUCUCUGGUCUACCUACCCUCCGAGAAGCCCCCCACGACCAGACCCGGUGGCACUGAACACGAAAAUGGGUUUCCAGGAACGGGGUUGUCUUCUGUGGGCGACCCUCGUGGUCUCUUUGGUAUCGUGGGUGCAGUGCGUGAGCAGAGGAGAGCUCUUCCCCUUCGGACCGUCCCGGGACCAGGCGCUGCAACCAGGGAACGACCAGACGCUGCAGCUCGCUCUGGAUAAACCAUUCUUCUUCUAUGAUGCAGCCUUCAAUAGCAUCUAUGUCAGCACCAACGGCUUCGUGGCCACUGUCCAGCCGCCCGCCGAGGCAGAGUACCUGGGCAGAAUGCCCGCCGACUUCGGCAUGCUCGCUGCACUGCAGGGCGACCUGGACACCAGCGACGGUGUGGGGAAGGUCUUCUUCCGCCAGGACCACAGCCCCGCCGUUCUGCGGCAGGCGGGCGACCUCAUCAACGGGGCCUUCCCAGAGGACCCGGCGGUGAGCCCCACCCACGUGGUGGUGGUCACCUGGGUGGACGUGGCCACCCACGAGCCCCCGAGCCGAGGGGACGGCGUGGGCAAGAAGAGGAACACCUUCCAGCUGGUGAUCGCAACCCACGAGAAGGCCUCCUACGCCAUUUUGCUGUACGAAAGGGGCGGGGUGCAGUUCCACUCCACACCCAUCGGGGGCGCUAGUGUGCCCAUGCAGGUCGGCAUCAGUAAGGGUCUGGUCAAGGGCUACUUCUUCUCCAGUCAAGGGCCCUACUACCCCAUCGCCACUGAUGAGGCCACCGUCAGGGAGCUGGCGGAGGAGACCAACGCGGGCGUACGCGGCGUCUACGUGUUCGAGGUCGGAACUUCGCCCCUGUUCUCCAACGUGGCCCCCGGUGAGGUCCUUGACCUCCCGGCCGAGAGGCCACAGGAGCCGACCCCAGCGACCAGGAAGGCCAGCUAUGACGCGGGAGAGCAAGUGGAGGCCCUCUCUCUACCGUUCAACCCCAACUACCACCCGGUGCACCAACCGGAGGUGGUGGUGGUGGACAACACCGACAUCAACGUAGACGUGUUCCGGUACAGCUCCGAGACCUGCGCUGCCGGCAGAAGCAACUGCGGUCCUUUCGCCGAAUGCCGGGACUACACGGGCGGCUACUGCUGCCACUGCACGCCCGGUUUCUACGGCAACGGAAAACAGUGUGUGGCGGAGGGAAAACACCAGAGGAUUAACGGGAAGGUGCAAGGAAGGGUUUACGUGGGCCACUCCCCCUCGCCGGUUGAGUUCAGCAACAACGACCUCCACUCGUACGUGGUGGUCAACGACGGGCGCUCCUACGUGGCCAUCAGCGACAUCCCGGACAGCCUUGGGCCCUCGCUGAUGCCCCUGUCCGCCGUGGGCGGGGUCAUCGGCUGGGCCUUCGCCCUGGAGCAGCCCGGCUUCAAGAACGGCUUCAGCAUCGUAGGAGGGGAGUUCACCAGGAAGGCGGACGUGACCUUCCAGCCCAGCAACGAGAAGCUGAGCAUCACGCAGGAGUUCAAGGGCAUCGACGAGCACGACCACCUGGUAGUGAGCACCGUCCUGGAGGGCCGCGUCCCCGAGGUGCCCCGGGGGGCCACCGUGCAACUCGACAAGUACUCUGAGAUCUACCAGUACACCAACAACCUCAUCAGCUCGUCGUCCACGCGGGACUACGUGGUCACCCUUCCCGAGGGCACGUCCGAGACCCGGACGUACCAGUGGCGCCAGACCAUCAGCUUCCAGAGCUGCCAGCACGACGAGUCCCUCAGAUCCAUGAAACCCACCCAGAUGCUCAACGUGGACCAGAUCUUCGUCAUGUACGACUCCACCAACCAGCUCAUGCGCUACGCCAUGAGCAACAAGAUCGCCGACGUCAACGGAGGAGAACCCGAGGAGAACCCUUGCUUCACCGGGAGACACGGGUGCGACACCAACGCCGUCUGCCGCCCGGGCCAGGGCACUCACUUCAACUGCGAGUGUGCCGUCGGAUUCGACGGAGACGGUCGCUCGUGCCGCGACGUGGACGAAUGCAGAACCAUCCCUAAUAUCUGUGACCAGAAUGCCAUCUGCAACAACCAGCCGGGGACCUUCCGCUGUGAAUGUCACGAAGGCUAUCAGUUUGCCACUGAUGGCCACUCGUGUCUUGAAGUCAGCCGACCCACCAACCACUGUGACGAAGGAACCCACAACUGUGACGUCCCUGAGCGCGCUCAGUGCAGCUACACCGGAGGCUCCGCCUUCAUCUGCUCCUGCCAGCCAGGAUACACAGGCGAUGGCAGAGUGUGUCAAGACUCGGAUGAAUGCCGGCCUGGCAGCUGCCACCAGGACGCCGUGUGCUACAACACCCAGGGAUCCUUCACCUGCCAGUGCAGGCCAGGUUACUAUGGAGACGGCUUCCAGUGCGCCCCAGAGAGGACCAAGACCCAGUGUGAAGCCCACAGAGACAGCCUCCUGGGGGCCUCAGAGUACCGGCCCCGGCCAGUCGGCCACCAUGUCCCCACGUGCAGCGACCGCGGCGACUACACGCCGGUUCAGUGUCACGCCAGCACCGGACACUGCUGGUGUGUGGACCACCGCGGGCAGGAGAUCCCCGGGACGCGCUUCGGACCGGGCCAGCGGCCAUCUUGUAUCGACCACGGCGACUCCCAGCCCCCGGUGAGACCCACCCCCCGACCCAAUGUCCAGCCCCCCCCCUCGGGGACCCACCUGGUGUUCGCCCAGAACGGCCGGAUCGAGCACAUCCCCCUGGAGGGCUAUGACAUGAAGCCCGACCAGGCCAAGACCGUGCUCCAUCUGCCUGGCAAGCUCAUCAUCGGGGUGGCCUACGACUGCGUGGAGAAGAUGGUCUACUGGACGGAGAUCAGCCCGUCCUCCAUCAACAAGGCCAGCCUGGAAGGAGGAGACAUCAUCCCGGUCAUUGAGUCAGGGGUCACCAGCCCGGAGGGGAUCGCCGUAGACCACCUGGGCCGGAAUAUAUUCUGGACGGAUUCCAGCACGGACCAGAUUGAAGUAGCUUCCAUGGACGGGUCUCAACGGCGGGUCAUUGUAGCCACGGACCUCGUGAACCCCCGUGCUAUCAUCGCCGACCCCCCUAAUGGAAACCUCUACUGGGCCGACUGGGACCGGGAAGCGCCCAAGAUUGAGACCGCUUAUAUGGACGGGACCAACAGACGGGUGUUGGUGAAGGAUAACCUGAGCCUUCCCAACGGCUUGACCUACGAGCCUCAGAGCUCUCUGCUCUGCUGGGCAGAUGCCGGCACGAGGAUCCUGGAGUGUAUGAACCCGGGAAGGGGAGACCGCAGGAAGAUGACUGAGGGGAUCCAGUACCCGUUCGGGAUGACUUCUUAUGGGAAAAACCUUUAUUACACCGACUGGGAUAGGCAGGCUGUGGUUGCCGUGGACACUAACGGUGGCCGGGAGACGUCCGAGUUCCUGCCUCUGAAACGCACCAAGCUGUAUGGCAUCACGACCGCCUACGCCCAGUGUCCAGCGGGACAAAACUACUGUGCUGCGAACAACGGAGGUUGCUCUCACCUCUGUUUAGCCACGCCGAAUGGACGCUCCUGCAAGUGCCCCGACAACGCGGCCAGCGUGGGCUGUGUGUAGUGAGGGCAGUGAGCUGGAGAUGGAGAAGGAGAUGAAGAGAGAGAAGAGAGAGGGAGAUAGAGAGAAGAGAGAAGGGAGAUGGAGAGAGCGAGAGAGGGAGAUGGAGAGAGCGUGAGAUGGGGAGAGAGAGAGAGAGCGAGAGAGAUCUGUGGAAGUGAUAUGGAGUGGAAGUCCCAAAGGGUUUUUGGGACUUUUGAGUCCCAAAGUGUUCUUUAGUGUAACUGCUCGACAGUAACAGACAAAAACAAAAGAAAAUACAGCGAUGUAAUUCCUCUGCCUUUAUGAAUAUAUAUGAAUGCCUAUCAGAAUUGUAAAUAUAUACACAUUUUGUUGACAUUGUUUUAUACCAAUGCACAUAAUCUAAGGAAACUAAGGAACUACAGGGAUAUUAAAUAUUUAAAAUGUGAAAUUCAUAACAGCAAUAAAUGACAUCAGGUGCUGCAACAUGGUUAUUAUGAUGUUUUACAUACGUUAACGUCAGCUUGUGAUAAACUGUAACACAGGUUAUGAUAUGGGACGUGUGGGUUACCGAAUUGACAAUCAAAUGAGAGGAAAAACAUGACUCGAGGUGCAAAUACUAUGGAGUUGGUUUACAUUCUGGGGAGUGAUUAAAAAAGGUUACAUGGUU